AUGGCUCCAGUAUUCACUAACUCACAAGGUAACCCAGUUCCAGAACCAUUUGCUACCCAAAGAAUUGGUAAGCACGGUCCUUUGUUGUUGCAAGAUGUCAACUUGAUUGACAACUUGGCCCACUUUGACAGAGAAAGAAUCCCCGAAAGAGUUGUCCACGCUAAGGGUUCCGGUGCUCAUGGUGAAUUCGAAGUUACCGAUGACAUCACUGAUAUUGUUUCAGCCAAGUUUUUGGAUACUGUUGGUAAAAAGACCAAGAUCUUUACCAGAUUCUCACAAGUUGCUGGUGAGCAAGGUUUUGCUGAUACCGUUAGAGACCCAAGAGGUUUCUCAACCAAGUUUUACACGGAAGAAGGUAUUUUGGACUUAGUCUACAACAACACUCCAAUUUUCUUUAUUAGAGACCCAUCCAAGUUCCCACACUUUAUCCACACCCAAAAGAGAAACCCUCAAACCGGUUUGAAGGAUCCUAAUGCAUUCUGGGACUACUUUGUUUCCAACCCAGAGUCCGUUCAUCAAGUCACCCUUUUGUUCACUGACAGAGGUAUCCCGGCUUCUUAUAGAAAGCAACACGGAUUCUCGGGUCACACUUACAAGUGGUCCAAUGCUAAGGGUGAAUGGCGCUAUGUUCAAGUCCACUUUUUGUCUGAUCAGGGAAUUGAAACCUUGACUCAAGAAGAAGCUACAAAGAUUGCUGGUGAAAACCCAGAUUACCUUAGACAAGACUUGUUUGAUGCGAUUGAAAAGGGUGACUACCCAUCAUGGACUGCUUACAUCCAAACAAUGACUGAAGAGGAGGCUAAGAAGGCUCCAUUCUCAGUCUUUGACUUGACCAAGGUUUGGCCACACAAGGAUUACCCUUUGAGAAGGUUUGGUAAAUUCACCUUGAACAAAAACCCAGACAACUUUUUUGCUGAGACUGAACAAUCUGGAUUUGCUCCUUCCAACACUGUUCCAUCGAUGCAACCAUCAGCUGACCCAGUCUUGCAAUCAAGAUUGUUCUCCUACACCGAUACUCAAAGGUAUAGAUUGGGUACCAACUAUGCCCAAAUUCCAAUCAACAAUCCAAACAAUGGUGGUCACGUUUUUGCUCCAAAUGUUAGAGAUGGUUUCAUGACUGUUGACGGUAACCUUGGUGCUACUCCAAACUACUUGGCUUCUGAUCUUAGCAUCAAGUACGAUCAAUUCCCAAUUCAACAAGAUCAAGAAGUUUGGGAAGGUGCUGCUACUCCGUUCCAUUGGAAGGCUACUCCAGCUGAAUGGACUCAAGCUACUGAGUUCUACAAUAAGGUCUUGCCUAAGCAACCAGGUGGUCAAAAGCGUUUGGCACACAACAUUGCUGGACAUGUUUCUGCCGCUAGACACGACAUUCAAGACAGAGUCUUUAAGUACUUUGGUGGUGUUAGUCCACAAUUAGAGGAAGACAUCAAGAAGGAAGUCUUUGAAUUAGACCCAAGAAAGUGA